CGCGGCUCGGCUCCGGGGCGGGGCUGGUGGGCCAGAGGCCAGACGGAGAGGCCCCGCCGAGGUGAGCUAGGCACCAGCUGGUCACCGGUGGGUCCUGGCACUGGCGGGUCGCGACGCUGUGGGCGUUCCAGGAGGUGGUCGUGGCGAACCUGGCAGCUGGGGGCAUCAUGGUGGGAGGCUUGAAGAGGAAACACUCUGAUUUGGAAGAGGAGGAGGAGAGGUGGGAGUGGAGUCCAGCAGGCCUUCAGAGCUACCAGCAAGCCCUGCUCCGCAUCUCCCUAGACAAAGUCCAGCACAGCCUGGGCGCCCGAGCACCCAGCCUCCGCAGGCACGUCCUCAUCCAUAACACCCUCCAACAGCUGCAGGCUGCACUUCGCCUGGCUCCCACCCCUGCCCUGCCCCCUGAGCCCCUCUUCCUGGGCGAGGAGGAUUUCUCCCUGUCAGCCACCAUUGGCUCUAUCCUCAGGGAGCUGGACACCUCCAUGGAUGGGACUGAGCCCCCUCAGAAUCCAGUGGCUCCCCUCAGCCUCCAGAAUGAAGUGCCACCCCAGCCUGAUCCAGUCUUCUUAGAAGCUCUGAGCUCCCGGUACUUGGGGGACUCUGGCCUGGAUGACUUCUUUCUGGACAUUGACACAUCUGCGGUAGAAAAGGAGCCUGCACGGGCCCCACCAGAGCCUCCUCACAACCUCUUCUGUGCCCCAGGUUCCUGGGAGUGGAAUGAACUGGAUCACAUCAUGGAAAUCAUUUUGGGGUCCUAAAACUGUGAUAGAGGGGAUCCUUCCUCAUGUCAUCUUCGGUGGCCUGGAUCUCUGAAUGCAACUCUGGGUGUGUGUUUUUGUGGGGGCUCUAAGCAGUGACUAUGGCCUCCUUUGUUCCCAUUUCAGGGUUCCACAAACUGUCUUGCAUGUGUGUGUGUGUCUGGUUACCCCGACCUUCUGUGAAGGUGGGUCUUCCUGAAUUAAUUUAUCUAUUCCAAAUGCCUUAACGAGACUCUGUUUCUGGGAGUCUGAUUUUCCACUUACACAUUUCUUCCACCUUUCCUGCUAGUUCCCACUCCCCUGUGACCACUGGGGCCUCAGGGAAGAUAAAGAAAGCUGGGCCUGUUGAAGGAUGACAGGGAUGUGCUGCCAGGUUGCUAUGGAAACCCAGGCUCUGCCUCUUGCACCUUGAGGGGGUGGGAGGGGCUGGUCUCCUCCCUCCAGGCUGAACCCCACUUCCUCGGCAGGACCCCAGUCUCAGCAGCCUUCUGAUUUCAUAACCAGGCCGGACCACGUGCAAUAGGGUGGAAACCAAACUGCUCCAUGCCGCGUUAUUUAAAAGAAUGGCAGAGUUUGUGGUGGCUUUUUUUUUUUUUUUUUGGAUUGUUUGUAAUUUUUUUUUUAAUAAAAGUAUUUUGGAAGGAG